UGAAUAAACAAUUGCAUGAUCUGUCUGUUUCCUGGCCAUGAGUCAGCUGACCUGAAGCAGAACCAAUGGGAUUCGGGCUUUGAGGAAGACGAGCUGGAGCCUCGAGCUGACAGCAGAAGCACGCGCUGCGAGUGUUUGAACUUUACACGUGUGUCUGGCCAAUGUACAUACAUGAAUACCGAGGUGUCGGUUCUGUACUUUGCAAAAAGUGCCGAAUUAACGGGACUUAAGGCGGAGAACAUCACUGUUCCGUCAAACAUAACAUCUCUACAGCUGUGGCAGGAUUUGGAGACCAGACAUCCGAGACUGUCUGUGUUACGGGAUCAGGUGGUCCUGGCAGUGCGGCAGGAGUACGUGCCUCUGGGUGCUCAGCCCUUGACCCUCAGAGAGGGAGACGAGGUGGCCAUCAUACCACCCCUUAGUGGAGGGUAAACGAAUUACCAAG